AUGACGAUGCACACGGUAGCUCUUGCUCAUGCUCUCUUUCUCUUUGCAAUCGCAGGAGCCACACGGGCAAGUGCACAGUCACCACCAACACCACCUUCCGACAUCUCCUCGUGCCUGCUCUCCAAUGGCGUCACCAACUUCUCCCUCCCAACAUCCCCGAGCUACACGCCGCUCCUGGACUCCUCCAUCCGGAACCUCCGCUUCGCGCUCCCGAGCGUCGGCAAGCCGGCCGCCGUCGUGCUCCCGUCCACCAAGCGCGACCUCCAGCGCGCCGUCCUCUGCGCGCGCAACACCUCUCUGGCGAUCCGCGUCCGCAGCGGCGGGCACAGCUACGAGGGCCUCUCCUACACCACGGAGAACCACGUGCCGUUCGUGGUGAUCGACCUGUCCAACCUGAACCAUGUCGACGUCGACCCGGGCACCGCCACGGCCUGGGUCGAGUCCGGCGCGACGCUGGGCGAGGUGUACCACGCGGUUGGCCUAUCGAACCGGACGCUAGCCUUCUCCGCCGGGUCGUGCGCCACGGUCGGCAUGGGCGGGCACACGGCCGGCGGCGGGUUCGGCCUGCUAUCGAGGAAGUUCGGGCUCUCCGCCGACAACGUGCUGGACGCCGUCCUCAUCACCGCGAGCGGCGACACGCUCACCCGUGACACCAUGCACCCUGACGUGUUCUGGGCCAUCCGCGGCGGCGGCGGAGGCAGCUGGGGCGUGGUGUACGCGUGGAAGGUCAGGCUCGUCCCGGUCCCCGACAACAUCACCGUGUUCAGCGUCGGCCGCACCGGCCCGGCCGAGCUUAUCGCCGGGCUGAUGCACAGGUGGCAGUACGUGGCGCCGAGCCUCCCCGACGAGUUCUACCUCUCGACGUACAUUCCCACAGUGUCAUCGUCGAACGGCAACCACUCCAUGUCGUUCACCGGCCAGGUCCUCGGGCCGAAGCGUCUUGCCAUGGCGGUGCUGAGCCAGACCUUCCCGGAGCUGGGGCUCGCCGAGGCGGAGCUCUCCGAGCCGGGCUGCCGGAGGGUCCAUCCAGCUGGAUCCCUACGGCGGCGCCAUGGCGAGAUCGGGAGCACCGUGACGCCUUUCCCUCACCGUGCUGGGUACCUGUACAGCAUCCAGUAUGGCGUCUCGUGGAAAGCGUCGGAUGUCGAUCGUGCGGAUGAGUACAUCGGAUGGCUCCGGUCGUUCUAUGCUUUCAUGGCGCCUUACGUGACGAAGAACCCGCGGGCUGCGUAUGUGAACUACUUGGACCUUGAUUUGGGCACCAAUGACUGGAUGAACGCGACCGGUGGAACGUCCUAUGGCUCUGUGGGACAUGCGGCGUCAUGGGGCGAGCGGUAUUUCUUCAUGAAUUUUGGAAGCGCUCAGUCGUCGUCGUCGUCACCACCAGCAGCAGCAGCAGGCAUCUCCUCGUGCCUGCUCUCCAAUGGCGUCACGAACUUCUCCCUCCCAACAUCCCCGAACUACACGCCGCUCCUCGACUCCUCCAUCCGGAACCUCCGCUUCGCGCUCCCGAGCGUCGGCAAGCCGGCCGCCGUCGUGCUCCCGUCCACCAAGCGCGACCUCCAGCGCGCCGUCCUCUGCGCGCGCAACACCUCUCUGGCGAUCCGCGUCCGCAGCGGCGGGCACAGCUACGAGGGCCUCUCCUACACCACGGAGAACCACGUGCCCUUCGUGGUGAUCGACCUCGCCAACCUGAACCGCGUCCAGGUCGACCCGGCGCCGGCGGCGGGCGCGGUCGCCACGGCCUGGCUCGAGUCCGGCGCGACGCUGGGCGAGGUCUUCUACGCCGUGGGGCUGUCGAACCGGACCCUGGCGUUCUCCGCCGGGUCGUGCGCGACCGUCGGCAUGGGCGGGCACACCGCCGGCGGCGGGUUCAGCCUGCUGUCCAGGAAAUUCGGGCUCGCCGCCGACAACGUCCUGGACGCGGUCUUCAUCGUUCCGAACGGGUGCUCCUUCACCCGCGGCGGCGGAGGGAGCUGGGGCGUGGUGUACGCUUGGAAGCUCCGGCUCGUCCCGGUCCCCGACAACGUCACCGUGUUCAGCGUAGCGCGAUCCGGUCCGGCCGAGCUCAUCGCCGGGCUGAUGCACAGGUGGCAGUACGUUGGGCCUAGUCUCCCCGACGAGUUCUACCUCUCAACGUUAAUUCCGGCGAGGUCAUCAUCGGACGGUAACAUCUCCAUGUCAUUCACCGGCCAGGUUCUUGGACCGAAGCAGCUAGCCAUGUCGGUGCUGAACCAGAGCUUCCCCGAGCUGGGCCUCGCCGAGUCAGAGCUCUCUGAGGUGAGCUCGCUCGAGUCGGCGGUGAAGUUCGCCGGCGUCAGCUCAGUCGCGAGCCUCACGAACCGGCAGCCUGGAGUGGGGGAGACACGAUCAGGAUCGUCCAUCCAGCUGGACCCCUACGGUGGGGCCAUGGCGCGGAUAGGGAGCACCGACACGCCGUUUCCUCACCGUGCUGGAUACCUGUACAUUAUCCAGUAUGCAGUGACUUGGAAUGCAUCGGAUAUGGAUCGUUCAGACGGUUAUGUAGAGUGGCUUCGGUCGUUCUACGCUUUCAUGGCGUCCUACGUGUCAAAGAACCCACGAGCUGCAUAUGUGAACUACUUGGACCUUGAUUUGGGCACCAACGACUGGAUGAAUGCGCCCGGUGGAACGUCCAAUGGCUCUGUGGGACAUGCGGCGUCAUGGGGCGAGCGAUAUUUCCUCAUGAAUUUUGCCAGGUUGGUUCAGGCCAAACUAAGGUUGAUCCUGGAAAUGUGUUCAACAAUGCACAAAGCAUUCCUCCUUUAUAUUUUAGAUGAUAGAGAGCACUGA